AUGUUCCAAUUGGCCAGGUCAUCCACGGUCCGUUUCGGAUCCAGAAUGGGCAGCUCCUCGAGAGCGUUUUCCCGCUCUGCCAGAGUUUCGCAGCAAAACGCGUCUGCCGCUGCCGCUGCCGGUCCAAAACCAUCGAUGCUCAAGAAAAUCGGUAAAUACACUCUUUACUCUGCAUUGGGUUCGGUUUUGGCCGGAACCGGUUACGUCUCCUACAAAUUGUACAAGGAGAAGAACCCUUCGCCUCAGCAACCUCAGAGCCCCAUAUUCGACAACGGGUCGCCAAGAAAGACUCUUGUCAUUUUGGGCUCGGGCUGGGGCUCCAUCUCGCUUUUGAAAAACCUCGACACCACCUUGUACAACGUUGUGGUUGUCUCGCCAAGAAACUACUUUUUGUUCACUCCGUUGCUGCCAUCCACUCCGGUCGGAACCAUCGAGUUGAAGUCCAUUGUUGAACCUGUUAGAAGCAUCGCCAGAAGAGCACCUGGCGAAGUCACCUACUACGAGGCUGAGGCUCUCGACGUGGACCCUGUGGAAAAGACCGUCAAGAUCAGAUCCCUCAGCUCCAAGGAGGAAGAUGCGGUAUUGAACUUGAACUACGAUUACUUGGUUGUCGGUGUGGGUGCCCAGCCCACCACUUUUGGUAUCCCCGGUGUGUUUGAAAACGCUUCUUUCCUGAAGGAGAUUCCAGACGCCCAAGAAAUCAGAGUUAAGGUUAUGAACAACAUCGAAAAGGCUGCCACUUUAUCCCCAUCCGACCCUGAGAGAAAGAGACUGUUGAACUUCGUCGUCGUUGGCGGUGGUCCAACCGGUGUGGAAUUCGCUGCCGAGCUGCAAGACUACAUUGACCAAGACUUGUCCAAAUGGAUGCCAGCUUUGUCUAAGGAAUUGAACGUCACUCUUGUCGAAGCCUUGCCCAACAUUUUGAACAUGUUCGACAAGUCUUUGAUCGAAUACGCCGAGGACUUGUUCAGACAGGAAAAAAUCGAGUUGAAAACUAACACCAUGGUCAAAAACGUUACCCCUACCACCAUCACUGCCAAGUGUGGCGACACCACCGAAGACAUCCCAUACGGUGUUCUUGUGUGGGCCACCGGUAACGCUCCAAGAGAGGUGUCCAAGAGCUUGAUGAGUAGAAUGGAAACUCAAAACUCCAGACGUGGUUUGUUGAUUAACGACAAGUUGCAAUUGCUAGGUGCCGAAGACUCUAUCUGGGCCAUCGGUGACUGUACUUUCUACCCUGGUCUAUUCCCAACCGCGCAAGUUGCCCACCAGGAAGGUGAGUACUUGGCCUCCGUGUUGAAGAAGCAAUACAAGAUCGACCAAUACAAAUGGCACAUGUUGCAGAACCCUAACGUUGCGGAGACUAACAAGUACCAAACCAAGGUUGAAAAAGUGCAAUCCAACAUCAAGGCUUUCAAGUACAGCCACCAAGGUGCGCUAGCCUACAUUGGUUCCGAGAAGGCCAUUGCCGAUCUUGCCGUUGGUGAGUCCAUGUACCAAUCUGCCGGUUCUUUCACCUUCUUGUUCUGGAAGUCCGCUUACUUGGCCAUGUGUUUGUCGUUCAGAAACAGACUGCUAGUCGCUAUGGACUGGUGCAAAGUCUCGUUCUUCGGCAGAGACUCGUCCGUGUAG